AUGGUUGUAUCCGCAGUAGUCGUCGCGGCACUCGCGUCUCUGGCUGUGGCUUCGCCCGCGCUCCCUUUGAAGGACCGCGCUUUGCCAUCGGGCGAUGUGACUUGCGGAAGUAACGUCUAUACUGUGUCACAAGUUUCUGCGGCUGUAUCUGCAGGGUAUGCUCACGUCAGCAACCCUAUCGGCAGUAACAGCUAUCCACACGCAUACUACUCGUACGCGGACGAGCACAUCACACUGUACUGCAGCGGCAGCAGUUGGUACGAAUACCCUAUCCUCAAGAGCGGAUUGUACAGCGGGGGUUCACCUGGCGCUGACCGCGUUAUCUUCAACACCUCGGGAACGUACUGCGCCGUUGUCACCCACACCGAUGCUCCCGGUGGUGACGAUGCUUUCACUUCUUGCGACAACGACUGA